AUGGGAGGCGGGCCCGACAAAGAACAUCUCCUCAUCGCACUAUGGGAUCCUGAGCCUGUGGCUUUUACGAGCGAGAUCAAACGACGGUUUCCAUACAUUGACAUCACAUAUGUACAGCUCCCACCAUUGGGCGCAAUUCCAUUCAAAGACUUCAUCACCACGGUGCCACCAGAGUUGUUCAAGUCUGCGACACUCCUGAUCACAUUGACUGCGCUUCCGCCGAAUAAGGAGGCUGCUCCGAACCUCAAACUGAUCCACCUCCUCUCCGCGGGGAUCGACAACUGGGUGAACCACCCGAUCGUGACGGACAGCGAGAUCGCAAUCACGACCUCGUCGGGCAUUCACGGCCCCCCCAUCACAGAAUGGAUCAUCUUGACCACUUUGGUGAUCAGCAAGAACUACCAUCUCGAGCACGAGUGGCAGAAGCAGCACCACUGGGGCACGGACAGGCGCCAGCUCGGCAGGGUCACCGAUUGGGUCGGCAAGAGGGUUGGGAUCGCGGGUUACGGGAGUAUUGGGCGACAAGCCGCACGAGUCUUCUCAGCCCUCGGCGCCUCCAUCCACGCCUACACAGCAAGUCCUCGCCCAACACCCGAAUCCCGCAAGGACGCCGGCUACUGGGUCCCCGGAACCGGCGAUCCCGACGGCAGCAUCCCAACGGCCUGGUACAGCGGUACGGACAAAGCGUCCCUGCACACAUUCCUCCGCUCGGGGCUUGACGCCCUCCUCAUCGCCCUCCCUUUGACACCCUCCACGCAGCACCUGUUCGGCGCGGAAGAAUUCUCUAUCUUGGCGGCCCCGGCACCAGACUCCCCGGAGUCCCAACUGCGCAAGAAAGGCUCGAAGGGCGCUUUCGUCAUCAACAUUGCGCGCGGCGCGAUCAUCGACCAGGCGGCGCUGGUCGAGGCGCUGAAUAACGAGACGCUGUCUGGUGCGGCCCUCGAUGUCACGGAUCCGGAACCCCUCCCGAAGGAUGAUCCGCUGUGGGAUGCGAAGAACGUGAUCGUCACGCCGCAUGUGAGUUCGCUGGGCAUCGAGUAUACGGACCGUGUGUUCGAUUUGUGGCUCGCGAAUUGGCAGCGGCAUGAGGAGGGGAAGGAGCUGUUUAAUCUCGUGCAGCGGAAGAGAGGGUAUUAA